AUGUCUCGCUCCUGCGGAGGUUGCUUGAAUUGUCGACAGCGCCGCAGAAAAUGUGACCAGCAACGUCCCUCUUGUGCAGCAUGCAACCGUCGAGACGUCCAAUGUUCGGGCUACUCGACCGGAUACCGUUGGAUCAACCAUGCUGCCGUGUCCAACGGUCCUCGAUAUGCUGGGUCUACUGCAGUGUACGACUACAGUCACACACCUUGCAACCUUCAGCCUAGUAUGGCAUUCACUGCGCCUCCACCAACUUACGAUUCUCGAAUAACUCAGCCUCUGUUUAGAAAUUUCCUUCACUCUGAGCUGAGGCUGUUCUACAAGACCCAACCCAAUAUCUGGAUUCAGCCCUUCCUUGUCGACAUGUCGCUGGAGAGCCAGUCAAUUCCUAUAAUGGGUGCUCCUCUCCAGUCCCUCAUCUCAAAUGAGAUGAAAUCAUCCCUAUAA